UUUUUAUUGAAAUUUAUUUUGAAUAUGUUAUGAGGGAAAGUAUCUUUAUAUUAUUCUUGGGCAAGACAUAUUGUAAGGUAUAAGAUUCGUGAUUUUAAAUUAUUACUUUAAAAAUUUCCUUAAGCCUAAAAACCCUCUUUAACCCAAAUGCAAAUCAAGCACCAAGGAUAUAAAGAUGGCCUCCCUCAACGUGCGGGAUUUAAAUAACACACGCAAGGCCCAAAUGGAACUGGUCUUUUUCAAUCGAGUACCUAAGGUGGGAAGUCAGACGUUCAUGGAACUCCUUCGUAGGCUUUCCGAACGUAAUAACUUUCAGUUCCAUCGCGAUGCAGUCCAAAAAGUGGAAACCAUUCGUUUGGCCGAGGAUCAGCAGCAGGAAAUGGCCGAGGUGAUCAGUGAGCUUCCCGAACCCUCGGUCUUUAUCAAGCAUGUGUGCUUUACCAACUUCACCAAAUUCAACCUCCCCAAACCAAUAUACCUAAAUGUGGUCCGUGAUCCUGUGGAGAGAGUGAUCAGUUGGUUUUACUACGUGAGGGCUCCUUGGUACUUUGUGGAGCGCAAAGCUGCUUUUCCGGAUCUACCACUGCCCCAUCCCGCUUGGCUUAAGAAAGACUUUGAAACCUGUGUGCUCAACGGGGAUCAGGAGUGUACCUAUACCCAAGGAGUUACGGUGGAGGGAAUUGGCGACCAUCGCAGGCAGAGUUUGUUUUUCUGUGGCCACGACUACGAGUGCACACCAUUUAACACUGUGGGCGCCCUGGAACGAGCCAAAUUUGCCGUAGAGCAGCAAUACGCUGUUGUUGGUGUAUUGGAAGAUCUUAACACCACGCUGUCUGUCCUGGAGAAAUAUGUUCCUCGAUUCUUUGAGGGUGUUCGAGAUAUAUAUGCAACCAGCGCCGAAUACUUGACAAAGAUCAACAAAAACAACUUCAAGCCACCAGUCAGCGAACAUGUAAAGGAUAUAGUGCGUCGGAAUUUUACGAAUGAGAUCGAGUUCUAUCAGUUCUGCCGCCAGAGACUCCACAAGCAAUAUCUGGCUGCCCAUUUACCACAGCGGAUUAUCACAGACUCAGCACACUUGCCCGGCCUGAUUGGCAAUUAAACACUUUUAAAAAUACGAACAAAUGUAGAAACAAAUAUGACAAACAAAAUCGGACUCAAAAAUGUAGUCAGCUAAGUUCCCCAUUAUGUUGUAGCUAAAUAAUUGUUUUCUCUUGUGUAUAUUUCAAAAUGGUUAUCAAAAAUAUGACAAAUCCUUCUUAUAUUUAUAUUGAUUAGUAAGUACUUAAUGUUAGAAAGACCUGAAUUUGAAUUGUGAUGUCUUCAAGUGAACUGUUGAAAUUUUUGUUUUAGUAUUUUAGUUUUAAGCUGAUUAUGAUAAUACAAUGUAUAAACUAAUAAAUGAAUACUUUAAGAACA